AUGGCCGACAGACUCUUCAAAAGUACAAAAACCACCACUAUCCCCCAUCUCACAGCCCUCCGCAAGACACUUGGCUACGACAACCCAGGCCAGCAGGAAGACAUUGCCUUUAAAAGGGCCAUUAAAGAACAGCUCGGAACCUUUGUGUCUUCUGGCGAUAAAAUCUCAGGUUAUAAGUUGACCAAGUGGACAAGUCCCUCCCAUCAGAGAGGACUCCUGGAGAUAACAAAAGACUUUCUCGAUAACAAGGGAAACGGGCCUUUGUUCUGGCCGGAUAGACACAGUUCGACCGACACAAGGCCCCUUGAGUAUUCUAAAGACUCUAAAAAGAUUCGUUGUCUUAUGAUCAAGGUCUUUUGGCGUGCAGCUCGCGAGUAUAAACGAUACAAGGUCUCGACGCCAACGAUCCCUCAAGUACCAUCACAGCCUAGCAAGGCCACCGAGACACUACCAGAAGCUACGAGCAAGGUGAAUAACACUCAUCCUCGAGUUGUAGAUAAGGUCCAUGAUCCCAGGGGUAACAGUGUCGACGACCCUAUAGAUCUUGAGACUAUGACCUCUAGCACAAGCGUUCCGGGGCCCUCUAAAGAUAUUGAUCAUUUCUUGUCAUUCGAAUUUACCUUGUUUGCUGCCCGUUCCGCUGAACUAGCCGACGAAAUGUCUGGUUCAGACCCUUCCCAAUCAUCCGUACUACCCCCUGAUGUACUUAGCGAUAUCUUAGACUGUCGACCUCUGGAGCCUCCAAACAGUUCUCAAACUGUACAGCCUGCAAACAUGCACGGUACAGACCUGUAUGAUGGGCCCGAGAGUUCUCCGGUAACACAAACUGCACAAACCAAUGGCAAACGGCCGGCCGAAACAAACCACAAUGAUAACAACCAUCAAGCCAAAAUCCCCAGACAAGAUCCAAGUGUCUCUGAGCGACAGUCUUCCAAUGCCUCAAAGGCCGGGAGAAAGACCAAGAGCGUCGCCCCUCAAGCGACUAGGGUUCUCGAUCGAGCGAGGCGUAAAACAGUGCACCCUAACGGUGCUACUGAAGAGGAAAUGCAAGCUCUUGAUAAAAGCCCAACUCCGUCUUCGCCCGAGUGCGUUAGGCAUGCAAACCAGGACCAGCAGGCCAAAGACAAGGCUGGUGGCCCUUCGUCAAAGACUCCAGCCCCUCGCCACGGUAUUGCCAGUGGUCAGAGACAGCCUUCUAUAGAGGAUCGUAGAGCGGGAGCAGCUCUAUCGGCUGAGAGACAGACUGCUGCUGCUGCUGCUGCUGCUACUAUUACUACUGCUGCUACCAAUGCGGCGCCAGUAGUAGAGCAGCAACCAUCCGUUACGGCUGGUCUCUCAGCCAGAGCCCAGGGAAAGCAACCUGCUCUGCCAGAGACACAGACUACUGCCACUCAAGCUGGAUCAAGCAGAGAGCGUGAGCUGCUGGAAGCACCUACAUCGAGGCCAGAGGUCAACAGUACUCGAACAGAGAACAACCUUCCUCCUCCUGAGACUUCCACUGCGCAGUCAGUUGGUACCAUUGAAUUCAACGAAGAGGAACAAGCAGCCGUUGAUGCCAGCCGGAUCACAUACAGGCACAAAAUUACCCGCGCAAAUAGUUACGUUACCUGGAAACCCUCGUCCAUGAUAUUCCACAUGUCACUUGCCGAUAUCGCAAGGGAGCUAGGCGUGGUAGGCUCGAGACGUCUAUAUUUCAACUUCAGGGGCCGACUAGGCAAUGUCCCAGACGACUUUGCUUCAAGUGAUGAGGAGAGAUUCACCAGCUUUAUGUAUGAGUGUUUGCGGAAUGUCACCGAUCAGUAUUUGUCUCCAGCGGCACGGAGGCAGGGGCUGAGAUACUACCAGCUGUACAUUUCGGAUGCGCCUAUCCGGAUAUCAGAAGGGUAG